AUGAGCAAUGCACUGGACCUCCUCAGCUCGAAUCUCGUAACGGCAAAGGAUCCCAUGGCCUCUUCGAGCUCGCCAUCUAAACCCCACAAAAACAGGAAAGUUUCAGAAGAGAACGCUCCAUCGUCGUCGUCCUUGGUGGCGAGCUUCCAGGAAGGUGGCAAUGCCAAGCCCGCAAUCCGACAAGUUCGAGUGCGCCGUGUCGCACUCGAGACUCCAAACCUUGAUCCAUCUUUCACAUCCCCUACCAGCGCGACGUCGCCCGUCCCGAGCUACUCGGCCGCGUUGGCCAUAGUCACGCCCAGGCCCGCAAACAAGCACAAUGACAAGUCAAAGAAAACUUCUUCCAUCACAAAAAAUGGUGGACAAGAUGGCCGCCCUACAGGUGGCUCCAGUCCCAAAGCGACGACCACGAGCUCGGGCGAUGAAAUCGAGGAGGAGGCCUUAGGCCUUCUGCGCUGUCUUUUCGAAAAUACGGAAGUUCAAGCGGAGUCCCACACUCCUCAGACCCGCCUCAAGCGCAAGAGAGAAGAAGAUGAGGAGGUCGACCCCCGGCUGAUGAAGAAAACUCUGCUCGACUGGGUCGUCAACCCAGAUCUCAGCAAAGUUACUUCGCCAACAAACGACGCUGCCAAGCAGACCGGCAGCACUACGAAAAAACUUCACAGCUCUUCGCACAACCUAGAUGAUAGCGCUGGUGCGAAGGGCAAAGCCGACGUCGUGGCUGUCGAUGCUUCGGCAGUUCUCCCAAUCUGUGACGAAGAAUGGGCUCGUGUCUUUGGCCCAAGUGACCCAAAUUUUUGCAGGGAGGACGCUCUCCUCGCUCUCAGGGCAAGCAUCUUCGGAGUCAACCUCCAACAGGUGGAAGACGUUGGACCUAGACUUCCUCCAAAAGGGUUCAACGCCCAGCAAUGGUUUCUCCAAAGCCGGAGCACCCGCUUGGUGAGUCGACUGUGGUAUCUCCUACUUGUUUCUGACCAGAACGACAUAGCAGAUGCUCUUUCCUCCGGUAAAGCGGUCUCUGCUGGACCUAGCAAUGAGGCGACAGCAAUUCCAGCGCCGGAAGUCUCCAACCCGCUGGUCGUUACUCUGGUAGUCGACAAUAGGGAGCAUAACACUCUGAAUGAUGACGAAUCCAGAGUGGUCGAGGAACAUGAUGCGAUCUCGGGUCCAUUCGAGCAGACAGCGGCGCAACCGCCGGUACAGAAGGGCAAGAAGAAGGCAAAGGCUUCUGUUGCGGCGAAGACGACAAGGGCCACACCCAAGGCGACUGCACAGCCAGCUGCUGCAGCUGUUCGCUCGCAAUCGAGGCGAGUGGCUGCUCAAAUCGCAGCAGAGCAUCUCGAGGAGGCAAGUGAGGAGACGCCAGCUCAGACCUCCGGCGUCUUCCGAUUCGACAAGGCCACGGAGGAGAAGAUCCUCGACGACCUGGCUGCGGACAAGUGGGCCGACGCUAGGAAGCACCUACCGGAAGAGGAGCGACCCGCCAUGGCCACCGAUACCGCAGAGGUCGAGGAAUUGGAAGUGGAGCGCAAAGGCACCAAGAAGGGAUCAAAGAAGGCAGUCUGGGUGUGCAGGUGCACGUUCUCGCUCGAUUAUGCGAGGGGUCGCUUCAGCUACGGCCUCAUCAGCUGCGGUGACAGGUUUGCGUCCAAGGAUAACGUGGAUAGACAUAUCCGCACAAAGCACAUGGGGAUUAAGAGAAAGUAA